AUGUGACGUGGGCUGGGGCCGCAGCCCCGGCGGCUCCUUUGUGCGGCGGGGGCGAUGCUGGCGGGCGGCAAGAAGGGCGCGGAGGCGGCGGCGGGCGGCGAGGCCGGGCCAGAGGCGCCGGUGCCCCCGCCCGCCGCCGCCGGGGCCCUGGGCUCCUCUUCGGAUAGCGGCGGGGCUUCGGAACGCACGCCCCGCAAGAAGGAGCCGCCGCGGGCCUCGCCUCCGGGCGGUGUGUCCGAGCCCUCGGCCGUCGGGGCCGCCCCGGCGCCCGGCGCCGAAACCACCGGCAUCGCCGAGACCCCCGAGGGCCGCAGGACCAGCCGCCGCAAGCGAGCCAAAGUCGAGUAUAGAGAGAUGGAUGAGAGUCUUGCAAACCUGUCAGAAGAUGAGUAUUACUCUGAAGAAGAGAGAAAUGCUAAAGCUGAGAAAGAGAAAAAACUACCCCCACCACCUCCACCAGCUCCUGCAGAAGAAGAGAAUGAAAGUGAGCCAGAGGAGCCGUCUGGGCAAGCAGGAGGACUUCAAGACGACAGUUCUGGAGGGUAUGGAGACGGCCAAGCAUCAGGUGUGGAGGGUGCAGCUUUCCAGAGUAGACUUCCACAUGACCGUAUGACAUCUCAAGAAGCUGCCUGCUUCCCUGAUAUAAUCAGUGGGCCACAGCAGACUCAGAAGGUGUUUCUGUACAUCAGGAACCGCACCCUGCAGCUCUGGUUGGAUAACCCAAAGAUUCAGCUGACAUUUGAAGCAACUAUCCAACAAUUAGAAGCACCUUAUAAUAGUGACACAGUGCUCGUUCACAGGGUUCACAGCUACUUGGAGCGUCAUGGGCUGAUUAACUUUGGGAUCUACAAAAGAGUGAAGCCCCUUCCAACCAAGAAGACAGGAAAGGUGAUCAUUAUUGGUUCUGGAGUCUCUGGGUUGGCAGCAGCUCGCCAGUUGCAGAGUUUUGGAAUGGAUGUCACAGUUCUGGAAGCCAGAGACCGAGUAGGAGGAAGAGUUGCCACCUUUCGCAAAGGGAAUUACGUCGCUGAUCUAGGAGCAAUGGUGGUAACAGGACUGGGAGGAAAUCCCAUGGCUGUGGUCAGCAAACAAGUAAAUAUGGAACUGGCAAAGAUCAAACAAAAGUGUCCACUUUAUGAAGCGAAUGGACAAGCUGUUCCCAAAGAGAAAGAUGAAAUGGUGGAGCAAGAAUUUAAUCGUCUGCUGGAAGCCACAUCCUAUCUCAGUCAUCAGCUGGAUUUUAAUGUUCUCAAUAAUAAGCCUGUCUCCCUAGGCCAGGCUCUGGAGGUUGUCAUACAAUUGCAGGAGAAGCAUGUGAAGGAUGAGCAGAUUGAGCACUGGAAAAAAAUUGUGAAAACACAGGAGGAAUUGAAAGAUCUUCUUAACAAGAUGGUGAAUUUAAAAGAGAAGAUUAAAGAACUUCAUCAGCAGUAUAAGGAAGCAUCAGAAGUGAAGCCACCUCGGGAUAUUACAGCAGAGUUCCUUGUGAAAAGCAAGCACAGAGAUCUGACUGCACUUUGCAAGGAGUAUGAUGAAUUGGCAGAAACACAAGGGAAGCUGGAAGAGAAAUUACAAGAACUUGAAGCCAAUCCACCAAGUGAUGUUUAUUUGUCAUCCAGAGACAGGCAAAUACUUGACUGGCAUUUUGCAAAUCUAGAAUUUGCUAAUGCUACACCUCUUUCUACACUUUCACUGAAGCACUGGGACCAGGAUGAUGACUUUGAAUUCACAGGCAGUCACUUGACUGUGAGGAAUGGAUAUUCCUGUGUGCCAGUGGCCUUAGCAGAAGGGCUGGAUAUUAAAUUAAACACGGCAGUUCGACAGGUUCGCUACACAGCAUCAGGCUGUGAAGUGAUAGCUGUAAAUACCCGAUCUACCAGCCAGACCUUCAUUUAUAAGUGUGAUGCUGUGCUGUGCACUCUGCCCCUGGGAGUGCUGAAACAGCAGCCUCCAGCAGUUCAGUUUGUGCCACCUCUUCCUGAAUGGAAAACUUCUGCAGUGCAGAGGAUGGGAUUUGGCAACCUGAACAAGGUUGUGUUGUGUUUUGAUCGUGUCUUCUGGGAUCCAAGUGUCAAUUUGUUUGGCCAUGUUGGGAGCACUACUGCAAGCAGAGGAGAACUUUUCCUCUUUUGGAACCUGUACAAAGCACCAAUUUUGUUGGCCUUGGUAGCAGGAGAAGCAGCAGGGAUCAUGGAGAAUAUCAGUGAUGAUGUCAUUGUUGGUCGGUGCCUUGCCAUUCUCAAAGGCAUCUUUGGCAGCAGCGCUGUGCCCCAGCCUAAAGAGACGGUGGUGUCCCGCUGGCGUGCUGACCCGUGGGCCCGGGGGUCCUACUCCUACGUAGCUGCUGGAUCCUCUGGAAAUGACUAUGAUUUGAUGGCUCAGCCAAUUACUCCAGGGCCAGCCAUUCCAGGUGCUCCACAGCCCAUCCCUCGCCUGUUCUUCGCGGGUGAACACACCAUCCGCAACUACCCCGCCACGGUGCACGGCGCGCUGCUCAGCGGGCUGCGGGAGGCCGGCCGCAUCGCCGACCAGUUCCUGGGGGCCAUGUACACCCUGCCCCGGCAGCCCACGCCCGGAGUGCCCCCCCAGCAGGCUGCCAGCCUCUGAGGGAACAGGGAGGCGGCAGAAGAGGAGCACGAAGGCCACGGGAUGGAGAUCCUCGAGUAGUUUGUAGCAGCGUCUGCUGAGAGCAGCCUGGGUUACUGUGCAAGCCUUGUCUGAGAACGGCCUUACAGAAGCUCGCUGGACCUUUGGCUUGGCAGCCUUUUACAAAAUCUUUGAGCUAUUUGAUGGGUCAGUGUAAACAGAACCCUUUACUGCAAAGCUGGUCAGGGACUUUGACUCUGCAGAUGCUUCUUGGAAGUCAAAAUAGCUGGAGGGUUUUUUAGGGUGUUUGGGGUUUUUUUCUACCUAUGUGUGUAUUUACAGUUUGGUAAUUGCACAAGGGCCUCUAGAAGCUGGUUGCUACGAAUACUAGCUUAGUGUAGAAUGUAUGUAAAUUUCUUUCUGGGUUUUUUUUAAUGACUUUGUUUUGAAGAGUACUAUUUUUGACCAAUUCUAUUCCUGUCUGGCAUUCAAGAAUUUGGGGCAACUGUUUGCCUACCAGUAACAGCAAAUCACACCUCUCCAAAAUGGUUCAUUGGCUGCUACACCAUCUGCAUCCUGCUGUAGAGUAACCUGGUAGCACUGAGUAUGCUAAGCAUACUGUUUUAUUAAAUACUUCCAACAAAAGAAAAGGUACUGA